CACACCAUGUCUCGAUUCGGGGUGUUUGUUUUUUUUAUUCUUUUCGUUACUGCAUCCUGUUUACCCGAAAAUGAAAGUGAUCCGAAAUCCGCUUCACCUUUUUUCCUUGUCAAUAGACUGUGUUCACCCUCCUAUAUAAACAACGUCCAGCUAAAACAGCUCAUUUGUCUUGUCUGCAAAAUAUUUGAUCCGUCUUGUUCGGAAACCGCCACUACUACCACAGAGGGACAAACUGCUUCUAUAACUUCUAGUACUUCUUCGAUUAUUUCUACUACAACUCCAGAACAAAAAAUAGAAACAACAACAAUAAAACAAACUACUAAAGAGGAACAAGCCGAGACAGAAGAAUAAUGAAAGAAGAAAAAUAUAUAAAUUUAUUCGAAAAUUCAUAAAAUAUAUUUUAACAAAUGAUGUUAAGAAAAAUAGUUUUUUGGUACUUUAGAUAUUUUAUAUAAUAUACAAAAAAUAUAUAUUUGUAAUAGCUUAACGGUUAUGGUUAUGGUUUAAAAAAUAUGUCUUGCAACGCGAAAAGGGUCGUAUCAACUUUUUUUUUUUUGAUGAGACUUAAUUCAAAGAUUCUGAAUUUAGGAAAACUAAACAUUUAAUAUGAUGGAGGCGAAUCAGUCUUCAGUCAGUUAAAAAAAAUGAUAUAUACUUCAUAUCUCACAAUAGUUUUUUGUGGUAGCAAUAACGACCAUGAUAAAAAUCCAAAUCUAUUUAAUAUGAAACAUAUCAGUGUAAGACACUUUUAGGGUAGAGAUUUAUAGUUAGAUAGUUUGUGAAUUACAGCCAAAAAGAUUUUUUUUAAAAGACAUUUAGACUAAUAUUUUACUACCAUAAUGCUAUUGUCCCCCAGAAAAACUAAUCUGAACCGUGUGAUUAUCUAAUCUGACAACAAUGUGAGAAAAAAUAAAGAAAC